AGUCUCACAAAACACGUGAAAUAGGUAAGGAACAAUUUCUCAAAGAAAGGGUGUUUUGCUUUUUACCCCAGAGGAGGAGAUGCUGGGAGUCAAAACAGUAGAUGUUUAUUACAGCAUUUGUAGUGAUGAAGAAUAGACAAGGAGGCAUAAAAUAUUCUUUAAGGUAGUAAAACAUGACUUAAUUUUAUUUACCUAACCAUUGGUUCUCAUAGACUAUGCAAGCUGCAAGAUGUCCUACAGAUGAACUAUCUUUAACCAACUGUGCAGUUGUGAAUGAAAAGGAUUUCCAGUCUGGCCAGCAUGUGAUAGUGAGGACCUCACCCAAUCACAGGUACACAUUUACACUUAGGACCCAUCCAUCAGUGGUUCCAGGGAGCAUUGCAUUCAGCUUACCUCAGCGAAAAUGGGCUGGACUUUCUAUUGGACAAGAAAUAGAAGUCUCUUUAUACACAUUUGACAAAGCCAAACAAUGUAUUGGCACAAUGACCAUCGAGAUUGAUUUCCUGCAGAAAAAAAGCAUUGACUCCAACCCUUAUGACACUGACAAGAUGGCUGCAGAAUUUAUUCAACAGUUCAACAACCAGGCCUUCUCGGUGGGACAACAGCUUGUGUUUAGCUUCAAUGAAAAGCUUUUUGGCUUACUGGUGAAAGAUAUUGAAGCCAUGGAUCCUAGCAUCCUAAAGGGAGAGCCUGCAACAGGUAAAAGACAGAAGAUUGAAGUAGGACUGGUUGUUGGAAACAGUCAAGUUGCAUUUGAAAAAGCAGAAAAUUCAUCACUUAAUCUUAUUGGCAAAGCUAAAACCAAGGAAAAUCGCCAAUCUAUUAUCAAUCCUGACUGGAACUUUGAAAAAAUGGGAAUAGGAGGUCUAGACAAGGAAUUUUCAGAUAUUUUUCGACGAGCAUUUGCUUCCCGAGUAUUUCCUCCAGAGAUUGUGGAGCAGAUGGGUUGUAAACAUGUUAAAGGCAUCCUGUUGUAUGGACCCCCAGGUUGUGGUAAGACUCUCUUGGCUCGACAGAUCGGCAAGAUGUUGAAUGCAAGAGAGCCCAAAGUGGUCAAUGGGCCAGAAAUCCUUAACAAAUAUGUGGGAGAAUCAGAGGCGAACAUUCGUAAACUCUUUGCUGAUGCUGAAGAGGAGCAAAGGAGGCUUGGUGCUAACAGUGGUUUGCACAUCAUCAUCUUUGAUGAAAUCGAUGCCAUCUGCAAGCAGAGAGGGAGCAUGGCUGGUAGCACGGGAGUUCAUGACACUGUGGUCAACCAGUUGCUGUCCAAAAUUGAUGGGGUAGAGCAGCUGAACAACAUCCUAGUCAUUGGAAUGACCAAUAGACCAGAUCUGAUAGAUGAGGCUCUCCUUCGACCUGGAAGACUGGAAGUUAAAAUGGAGAUAGGCUUGCCAGAUGAGAAAGGUCGACUACAGAUUCUUCAUAUCCACACAGCAAGGAUGAGAGGGCAUCAGUUACUCUCUGCUGAUGUAGAUAUUAAAGAACUGGCUGUGGAGACCAAGAAUUUCAGCGGUGCUGAAUUGGAGGGUCUGGUGCGCGCAGCACAGUCCACUGCUAUGAACAGGCAUAUAAAGGCCAGUACUAAAGUGGAAGUGGACAUGGAGAAAGCAGAGAGCCUACAGGUGACAAGAGGAGACUUCCUUGCUUCUUUGGAGAAUGACAUCAAACCAGCAUUUGGCACAAACCAAGAGGAUUAUGCAAGUUACAUUAUGAAUGGUAUCAUCAAAUGGGGUGACCCAGUCACUCGAGUUCUAGAUGAUGGGGAACUGCUGGUUCAGCAGACUAAAAACAGUGACCGCACACCACUGGUUAGCGUCCUUCUGGAAGGCCCUCCUCAUAGUGGCAAGACUGCUUUAGCUGCACAGAUUGCAGAGGAAUCCAACUUCCCCUUCAUCAAGAUCUGUUCUCCUGAUAAGAUGAUUGGCUUUUCUGAGACAGCCAAGUGUCAGGCUAUGAAGAAGAUCUUUGAUGAUGCAUACAAGUCCCAGCUCAGCUGUGUGGUUGUGGAUGAUAUCGAGAGAUUGCUUGAUUAUGUCCCUAUUGGCCCUCGAUUUUCUAAUCUGGUAUUACAGGCUCUUCUUGUAUUACUGAAAAAGGCACCUCCUCAGGGCCGCAAGCUUCUUAUCAUUGGGACCACUAGCCGCAAAGAUGUCCUUCAGGAGAUGGAAAUGCUUAAUGCUUUCAGCACCACCAUCCAUGUGCCCAACAUUGCCACAGGAGAGCAGCUGUUGGAAGCUCUGGAGCUUUUGGGCAACUUCAAGGAUAAGGAACGUACCACAAUUGCACAGCAAGUCAAAGGGAAGAAGGUCUGGAUAGGCAUCAAGAAGUUACUAAUGUUGAUCGAGAUGUCUCUACAGAUGGAUCCUGAGUACCGUGUGAGAAAAUUUUUGGCCCUCUUAAGAGAAGAAGGAGCUAGCCCCCUAGACUUUGAGUGAAAAUGGACAGUUCGCAACACACAGUGACCAAGGGAAGUAACCAAGGUGAAGAUGGCCUGGAAUCUUCACUUGUCUUACUCAAGAUACUGGACUAAAUGAAAUGUUCUCUACCUUUACCACGUGCUCGCUGUGCAUGAUUAGUGCAAUAAAACUCCCCUCCAUAUGCUCAUUGAGAUACUCUAGUGUUUUGUGGAAGGUGGAAAUUUGUUUUAGAAUGCUGUGCUUACCUUUCCAUGCAAGCUAAAAUGAUUCCUUCUUACGCAGUCUCUCCGUAUGGGAGACAUACUGUACUUUGAACACUACAGGUUUUAAGCUCUCUACUACCACCCCCCCGCAAAAAAAAAAAAAAAAAAAA